AUGAAUAACCAUCAGAGAUUGCCACGGCUCCGGAGCCGGCUCUUGGCUCCGGCUCUGAGCGGCUCCGGCUCCGAGCCGGGAGCCAGAGCCGGAGCCGGAAAUUUUGGGGUCGGCUCCGGCUCCCGAGCCCAAAGUCGGAGCCAGGCUUCCCAGCGGUCAGAAAAGUAAAAAUUUCGUGAUCUUGCUAAACCAAAUUGUUUGAAAAAACACUGCGGAGGAUGUGACUUGGCUGCAAAAACGUUGGCUGUAUGAUCUCUGGCACUAAGAAAUUUUACUUUUGAAAAAAUGUUUCAAAAAAAUUUUGCAUAGGAGCCGAGGUUCGGAGCCGGAUACGUUUUUUAAAUUUUGCACGGAGCCGGGAGCCGGAGCCGGAGCUGCAAAUUUGGCCUCGGCUCCGGCUCUUGGAGCUAAGAGCCGGAGCCGGAGCCGAAAUUUUGACCGUGGCAAUCUCUGA